GCCCCCCGGGAAUGAAUGGAUGGGCGGCCUCAGUGCCCGCCCGAGCGCUGGGAGGACCGACCCGGCGGGGACCUGCUGGGGGCAGGACCCGGGGAGCAAGAUGGCCACGGUCAUUCCCGGCCCCCUGAGCCUCGGCGAGGACUUCUACCGCGAGGCCAUCGAGCACUGCCGCAGCUACAACGCGCGCCUGUGCGCCGAGCGCAGCCUGCGCCUGCCCUUCCUGGACUCGCAGACCGGCGUGGCCCAGAACAACUGCUACAUCUGGAUGGAGAAGACCCAUCGCGGGCCGGGUUUGGCCCCGGGACAGAUCUACACGUAUCCCGCCCGCUGCUGGAGAAAGAAACGGAGACUGAACAUCCUGGAGGAUCCCAGACUCCGGCCCUGCGAGUACAAGAUCGACUGUGAGGCACCCCUGAAGAAGGAGGGCGGCCUCCCCGAAGGGCCGGUUCUUGAGGCUCUACUCUGUGCUGAGACAGGGGAGAAGAAGAUUGAGCUGAAGGAGGAGGAGACCAUUAUGGACUGCCAGAAACAGCAGCUGCUGGAGUUCCCGCAUGACCUGGAGGUGGAAGACCUGGAGGAUGACAUUCCCAGGAGGAAGAACAGGGCCAAAGGAAAGGCAUACGGCAUCGGGGGUCUCCGGAAACGCCAGGACACCGCUUCCCUGGAGGACCGAGACAAGCCGUAUGUCUGUGAUAUCUGUGGGAAACGGUAUAAGAACCGGCCGGGGCUCAGCUACCACUACACCCACACCCACCUGGCUGAGGAGGAGGGGGAGGAGAACGCCGACCGCCACGCCCUGCCCUUCCACCGGAAAAACAGUCAUAAACAGUUUUACAAAGAAUUGGCCUGGGUCCCUGAGGCACAGAGGAAGCACACAGCCAAGAAGGCUCCCGACGGCACUGUCAUCCCCAAUGGCUACUGUGACUUCUGCCUGGGUGGCUCUAAGAAGACAGGGUGUCCCGAGGACCUCAUCUCCUGUGCUGACUGUGGGCGAUCAGGACACCCCUCGUGUUUACAGUUCACCGUGAACAUGACCGCGGCCGUGCGGACCUACCGCUGGCAGUGCAUCGAGUGCAAGUCCUGCAGCCUGUGCGGCACCUCGGAGAACGACGACCAGCUGCUGUUUUGUGAUGACUGCGAUCGGGGUUACCACAUGUACUGCCUGAGUCCCCCCAUGGCGGAGCCCCCAGAAGGGAGCUGGAGUUGUCACCUGUGUCUUCGGCACCUGAAAGAGAAGGCCUCAGCCUACAUCACCCUCACCUAGGCCCGGCCCUGGUUCACCUGGACCUCUGGGGUGGUGCUGCCUACCUGCCUCUGGAGCUCUCCUUUCUCCACCCUUGAUGCCCCGCAGUGGCAGAGGAGGGGGGAGCCCAUGCGGGGGCAGGGGCGCCCUCUUUCCUCUGUGCAAGUGGAAUGUCUGCCCUGUGGGUUGGGGGGCCCAGUGGGGCCCCGCUCCCUCCCUCCUUCCCCAUACCUUGGCAAAUGGGCACCAGGGGCUUCUGCUCCCCUCAAAGCCAUACCCCGCCUCUGGGCGGUCACGAGGGGUGGUGGAUGCCAGCCGGGAGCAUGGACACAGCCUUUUUCUAAAGAAAAAGUCAAAAAGUUAAAAAAAAAAAAAGAAAUUAAUAUAUACAGAGAGUCCUAUAAGGCCUAGCUGGGUGGAGGGGCCCUGCGGAGGCAUCUGUCUGCAGGCACCGGGCACCAUCUCUGCCAGCUUCCAGCCUGGUGCCCCCACCCCCAGUUUCUGGAGUUGCAGCCAGCUGCCCCACCUCCCCACCCGAGGUGGGCACCACCCCUCAUGCCCAGGGCAGGGGGUUGGGGUCACCCUCACCCCUCUUGGUGCCGGCCUGGAUACUGCAUGAUUGAACCAUGGUUUUGAACUCCGUUCCUGCUCCCUCCCCAGAGCCCUGCCUGUGCCCGGGCCUGCCUCGCUGGCAGCUGGGCUGGUGGGGCCAGGCGGGCCCUGCCCGGCGCCUGCUGGAAUGAGAAGCACAGACUCUGCGAUGGACUAGUUUCCUCCCCCGUCCCACCCCAGCUCCCCACCGGCCAGGCCGGCUCCUCCUGCCACCCUGCUGGCCAUUUUUGGGGCAGCGAGGGGGCGCGGUUGUUUCUUGUGGUUGUGUGUGUUUGUUGUUCGGGUUUAAAAAAAAGGGAAAUUGAGACUGCAAGUGGGGGAGGUGGCGGGCUCGGGGGUCCCCCCAGUCCAGGCGUACCCCUCCUUGUAGAAGUUUCCUUUAUUGCCUGCCUCUGCUGUGAAUUAACUUGUUCUGUGUAUUAAACUGGGCCUGACCCCUCUGCC